AUGUCAUGGCGCGACAACUUGGGUUCCGGGAGCUUCUGUCGCGACCAGGAGGAGCCUGGGGCUUCAUGGAGGAGGGAGAGAGAGAAAGAGGCAUGCCAAGGUGCGCGACUCGCCAAGUUUCUAUGGUGUAGAUCAAGCUGCAUAAACGUGACGUUGUGCAAUAGGAGCCUCUUCCUGUACAUCUUAGGAUUCUGCGACCUGGACGAGUUGGCGAAGAUGGAGAUGGUCUCGACAUCAUGGAAUUCUCUCGUGCAAUCUCUUGAAUCUUCUACUCUCUGGCAAAGAUGCGUGCAUCGAGCGCUCGGGAGGCAGAAGAUCGAGAGGUACAAGGUUGCACUCGGAUUGAAAUCGGGGCAAUCAUACCACCAAGAGGGUUCUGAUCUACAGGCUCGCAACUGGAAGAGAAUCUUGAGGCUCAACGUGAGUGAAAAACUUUUGCCGAAUAAUCCGAAGGGCAUGAGAGCCACAGUCCUUCAUGACCAUGAAGGGCCGGUGAUCAGCAUGUGUGGCGAUCAUGCUCAACCUGGGCCGAUCUUGUGCAUGGCGGCCAUGAGAGACUUUGUUGUGGCUGGAGGACUGGACUGCAAGGCUCGGCUGUGGAAGAUCGACAGCUCUCCAGGCUCUCCUGCUCAUCGAGAGUACGCGGAUGACUCGGAUCAAGUCCAUCUCAUCACAGGGUCCGUCGACACAACCAUCAACAUCUGGGAUUUAUGGGGACCACAAGGUGCCUUGCCUCUACUCAGACUCGAAGGGUGGGUGAUCUCGGGAGGUGACGAUGGGACGGUCAGGAUGUGGAGCAUUGAAGAUGGAAGAUGCACACUUAGCCUUGAAGGAGAGUCAGAGAAAUUCAACAACGUGCAGAGCUGUCAGAUUGAUCGUGGCAGAGACACCUUCAUCGCUGUCUAUGCAAGCGAUACACGCGGGAAGAUAUGGAUGUGGGAUUACGGGACAGGCGAAGUCGUCCAAGCAGUGACCGCCCACGAUGCGGCAGUGACAGGCCUGAGCAUGUCAUUGUCACCUGAAUAUUCUUUAAUUUCAACCUCUAUGGAUGGAACGAUCAAGCUGUGGAAGCCUGAGACGUUGACCUGUCAGAAGUCGUUGUCCAUCACUGAUAUUCUUUACAAUCACCCCAGAUCGGCCGGGCACGAAAGGUCGCAACCAGAGAAGGUGCAUCCAAGUAAGUCGCACGCUUGGGGAAAUAUUCUCUUCAUCUCUACCUGGAAUGCUUCUGUUCUCGCUUGCGUCUUCUCUGAAUGA